ACGGCAUCACCACUGUGACAUCAGCACCACCACUGUGACAUGAACACCACCGAGGCAGCCCCUUCUUUCUGCAUCCCAGGCGACUCCAGCCAGUCGUGGUUCGCCAUGGACUUGCUGAGGCGUGUCGUGCGUGCUCUGCUCCUGCUGGCCCUGCUGCUGGCAGUGACUCCCUGGCCAGGAGAGUCCAAGGAGCUGUGCCCGCACCCCUGCCGCUGCCAGAGGCGUGGACUGCUGGACUGCCGCCACGCCGGCCUGGCCACCGUGCCCCCGGCCACCCACCGACGGGCCCUGACCACCCUAGAUUUCACUGGCAACUCGAUUGCUACUUUUGGUAAAGAGGCAUGGAAGGAAUACCCCUGGACUGAGACUUUGUAAGUGCCCUGCAGCAUUUCAGACGUCAGGAGUUGGGGUGGUUUCCAUCCUUUUGUCUGGGUUUGGAGCAGCAGCACCACAGACCUCGUUCCCAAGUGAAUUCCAAGUCAGGCUGCUCCGCAAGGAGGGCUGUGAAUCCCCAGGCCUUCCCAGGAUGCCAAGAAA